GACGCUAGGGGUGAGCUCACGCGAGAUCACACGACGGAGGAGGAAGGGGAGCCUGUUGUGUUUGUUUGUUUGGUUAGAUAAUCGCAAACGAAAUGGGGACUUAUUUCUCCUUUGACUGUGUUUUGGGACUGCUCGUCGUGCUCGCAUGCACGUCAGCGUCUUCAGACGUGUUCGACAGCGUCUUGGGAAACACAGCUUCUUGUCACAAGACAUGUCAAAUGACGUACAGCUUGCACACCUAUCCACGGGAGGAGGAACUUUAUGCGUGUCAGAGAGGUUGCCGUCUCUUCUCCAUUUGCCAGUUUGUUGGCGACAGCGACGACCUGAAUCAAACCAAAACCGAGUGUGAAUCAACGUGCCGUGAAGCCUACACGCAGUCAGAUGAGCAGUAUGCCUGCAACCUGGGCUGUCAGAAUCAGCUCCCAGUCGCUGAGCAAAGGCAGGAGCAGUUGGUGGCCAUGAUGCCCAGAAUUCACCUGUUGUACCCUCUGGCUCUGGUCAGAGGGUUUUGGGAUGACGUAAUGAGUCAGGCUCACAACUUCAUCACCUCUUCAUGGACAUUCUACCUCCAGGCUGAUGAUGGCAAAGUCGUUAUAUUCCAGACUGAGCCACAGGUCCAGUUUUUCCCCCAGUUUGAACUACAGAAACAAGUUCAGGAAGAGCCACAAAAGACACCGCCCGGCUUGAGCAGCCCAGUUUACAAAGAGUACCACCGCACCUUAAUCCAGGAGAGGGACAGGGACAUGUUUGGGGACCGCAGCAUCUCUGAGGAUGACUACAACCUCUUUAGCUGUCUCUCAAGGAACCCUUGGCUACCAGGCUGGAUUCUAACCACAACCCUGAUCCUGUCUGUGUUGGUCCUGAUCUGGAUCUGCUGUGCCACUGUGGCCACUGCUGUAGACCAGUAUGUACCUGCUGAGAAACUGAGCAUCUAUGGUGACAUGGAAUACAUGAAGGACCAGAAACUGACUCCAUACCCAGCAUCCUCUCUGCUCAUCAUCACCUCCUCAGGGCAGGACGAGGAGGCCGGGCCCCUCCCCUCUAAAGUCAGCCUGGACCAGUCCAACAUCUAGAAGCCAAAGCAGUAGCAAAAUAGGGAUGCUCUCCUUAAUAAUCUGAAGUUAAAACUUCUAAUCUGAAGUUGAUUUUUAUCUUCUGGCACAAGACCCUCGCUUCUUGCUGUUUAAAUUAGGAGUAAGUACUUCCAGUACAUUUUCUAUGACUGUUGUGUAAUGUCCUGUCUCUCUUUCAAGCUUUUAGAAUUGAAGUGAUGGAGAGGGUUUUUUUCUGUAUAUUGGUUUAAUUGAGGCAUUACACUAUAGCAGUGGUGGUACAAGCCAAAUAGCAUUUUGGAAUUUUUCUCCUAUUUUGGUGUUUGCAUUAGCUCUGUGUUGGUGUGCUUAUUUUUAUCGAACAGUACUGUGUAAAUUAACUAUUUGUGACUUGAAGUACUACUACAGGUUUCACUGGAACCCUAAACCUUCAGUAAAUUUUUUUUUUUUUUUUGAUUUGUAAUAGUUUAUGCUUACAUUACUGACUUUCCCUUUGUGUUUAAAUUUUUAAUUCAGCAGUUUCCAAAUGAAAAUCCUCUUCAACUAUACAAUCUAAUGCAGUGCCCUUAAUCUGUUAAAAGUGGCGGUACACAGGUCGCUGUUACUUUACACCUGUCUUUUCUCGGAAUUACAUUGUUUCAGAAAUAAAUACAGUGGAGUGAAACUGUUGUUGAUGCUG